ACUGUUGUAGCAGUGUGGCUCCUUCAUUGUUUUUUCUGUGUUUGUUUAUGUAUGAAGACAAGUCAGGAGGAUAUGGAGCCUGACAGACAAACAACAGCAGACUGAACUCGUCCCUGAGGCCUUGUGGAUCCAGAAUGGCUUGCUUCCCUGAACUGAGGUGCACUAGAGCUGAGGCUGUGUUGUGCUCACUGCUGAUCCUCCUGCAUGUGUUCACAGCCACAGGGAUGUCAGGGUGGGGUGGUGGAUGUUUGGAGGGUCAGGAUGUCUUCACGAGGAUAACAGAAAACAGCCGUUCAGGAGAGGUGGUGGCUGAGCUCAGGGUGAAGGAGGUGGAGUGGACACUGGAGGGGCAGGACGCGGGGUGGUUCUUCUUGGAUGAAAGACACAUCCGGCUGAACGCAUCAGCUGACAGGCCUCUGGACCGAGAGGUCCUCGGUCCCCUCCUCAUGGCCAAUCUCAUAUGUUCUUACGAGGACACACUUCAGAUCGCGUACAGGAUCGCUGUGGAGAUUAUGAACGAGAAUGACAACGCACCAGUGUUUGCAGAAAACACCACUCUGUUUUUUACCAUCAGUGAGCUGACUCCUGUGAACAGUGUGGCCUUCACUGUCCAGGCGGUCGACGCAGAUAAAGACCACAUCAUUUACUCCAUCGACCAGACAUCGCCUGAUGCUGAGUAUUUCAAGGUUGACGUCCCGACCAGUGGAAAAGUCGUCCUGUCCAAACCUCUGGACUAUGAGACGAAGAAUCUGCUCACUGUGACCAUCCACGCUGUGGAAAUGAACACAGCUGAGAGUUACGAGACCAGCGCCAACGUCUCCAUCCAGAUCGUGGACGCAGAUGACCAGUACCCACAGUUCUUACCCUGCUCGCUGCUUCUCCUACAUGAGACCAGUCACAUCUGCACCAGCCCUGUGUACACAGUCAAUGUAACAGAGGGGGAGGAGGACAUUGUACUGGAGUUCUCUCCUGGUCCCAUUUAUGCAGUGGAUGGAGACAGAGGAAUCAGAACUCCUGUCAGCUAUGCUAUACUCUCAGGAGACGAUGAAGGCCGUUUCCUGAUGGACAGACAGACAGGAGAGAUGAGACUGAUUCGGGGAGUAAUCGACAGAAUCACAACUCCAAUGCUGCACCUUCAGGUCAUGGCAUACCAGGAUAACGACCCCAGGAAAUAUGCCGUUGCCACAGUGACAGUCCGAAUUCUGGCCACAAACCUCUUUAAUCCAGAGUUUGACAGUGCAGAAUAUCAUGGAUUUGUAACAGCUGGAAAGAGUCAUGCCUCUCUGGUCAACACCUACGGUGACAAAGUGUUGAUGUUACAUGUUCAAGACCGGGAUUUUCAGCAUGGCUUCAACCCCAUGAUGUCCUACACCUUCAGUCCCACAUCCAAUCACACAAACAUCUACCAGGUCACAGAGGAGGGGCUUCUUAUUGCCAGGACCAAUCAGCUCACACCAAAACACAAACAUGUUAUUGAGGUGAAAGCUAUAGACCAAGAGUCAGGUGAUGCUGCCUUUACGACUGUAGUGAUCGAGGUGUUAUCUGAGGGACAACCAGUUCCUCACAGUCCAGUGAGAGAGCAGCGCCUGACAGGCUGUACUGUGGGCAAAGCCUUCUUCCUGAGCAUGGUGAUGAUGACGGUGCUUGGAUGUGUCGUUUACAUGGUGAUGUGGCUGAAGAAGAGACAAAAGGGGAAGAGGAACCCACUGGAGAGAGGCUGUGUGGCUGAGGGCAAACACCCCAAUGUGAGUUUACGGUGCUUCCAACUGGUGAGUCAUGGAGGUGCUACGCCUCACAUGGAGGUGGGAUCCUUCAACAGCGAGGAAUACGGAAGCUGCAAUCCUUCCUUAAGCUUCCCUGGUAACCCUGGUAUCCCUGGUUUCAGCACCAUCCACCAGGAUCUGCCCUCCUGCCAAGGACUUGUUCCACCUAUAACCACUGCUGCACCCAACACCACCGCCAUCCCCAUGGAAGGUGUGUCCAGCCACGUCACGCUCUAUUGCUGCGAUUCCACGGCAACUAAAAGCUCUCCCACUUUCCACGUAGCCACUGUGGCUGCACACGAAGAAAACCUGGACUCCUCAGCACCUGUCACGCCCAUGGAACCUCCUGCUCCACGACCUGACACCCGUCCCAACCCAACAUCUCCAAACUCACAAGCAGACCCCGUCACCAGCCCGUCCUCGCAGUCCAGUGCUAACUUAAGCCACACCCAAGUUCCUUCAGCCGAACCUUCUCACAAACCUCGUGUGAAGACGCCCCCAUGUUCACCUUUACGGUCCUCACCCCUCCCCGAGCGGGUCAGUACCCAACCCCCACCCACCCCAGAGCUACCCCCUCCAGUAACACCACCUGUGACUCCACCCAGCACCUCACUGGACCACACAGACCAAUCAGAGCACAGAAGGUCGCAGAGGGUGGAGGAUGAGGAGGACAUCGGCGUUCCAGGAGCCGAAGAUGCAGACAAGGACGAUGGCGAUGAGUUGGAGUCAGACGAGGAAUAGCUGCUGAGGGUGAUGGCUCGCUGUAAUCCCAUUUCAUCUCAUUCAGUAAGUGAUGCCACUAUGGACUGAGGGGAACAAGGUGGACGACGAAGAUGGGGGGAUGAAAGACGGAGGACGGGUGACAUGUCGUCAAGCAAGAGAGAAACACUACAGUCUGAUUCUGCAGUGACUGAUGAGGUCAGAAAGCCGACGAAGGAUGAGAAGAGGAUGAGACUGAGGAGAUCAGAGGAUGAGAAGAACUGUAAUAAGGAACUGUGGAGGGCAGCAUGACACCUCUGAGUGUAGAGGAAGAAGAAGAAGAAGAUGAAGAAGGUUCCAGCAGGCAGCUGUACAGUAAGAGUUCCAAGGCUGCUCUCCACAGAUUGAAGGUCUUUUACACAGAUCAAGGUUGUCCUUCAUUCAAAUCUUCAUUCUUUUUUUCGACAUCGUUGUUUCAUCACAUUUGAAAUUUUCUCACCAUGGCUCCACUGCAGCUUCAUUUAGCCCAUGGCCAAGUGGAAAGGGAACUUGACUUGUAACCGAUUCGAAUCCCCACCCAGCCAAAAAGGGCUGGGCUACUCCUGAGCAAGGUACACAACCACCAAUACUCCCCGGGCACUACUCAGUGUGGCAGCCCACUGCUCCUAAUUCUAGGAUGGGUCAAAUGCAGAGGAAUACUUUCCCUAAGGGGAUUAAUAAAAUAU